AUGGAGCCGGAGAUACUGAACAAGUUGAUGUUGAGGAAUAAGAUAAAUUAUGACUUGGUGACGCCAGAGUAUGAGGAGUGGCUUGUUACGGGCGCUUUGGACACGGAAUCCGUGGAAUUAAUUAAACAUUUCACCAGUCUAAACAGCCUAGAACGGGUUGAAAUGGUUAAAAAUGAUCAUUUAAUACUUAAAAUUCUUUUAAACGCUACGUACGCCACCGGGCCUGGAUUACUACGACUCUACUCACUACAACAUAUACACGACAUAUGCCGAAUUGAUAAUAAUAUAUAUAAUAUAUUGUUGGAGAUACUGAACCAUCGUGACGUGUAUUCGAUUUACUACGACAUUAUCACGCACGAAAAAGAUAAAAAAAUCAUACAAAUCAUUCUUUACCUUCUCACAGGGUUUAUAGCGUAUAAUAAUAAUAAUAUAUUUAACAAUGAGGAGAUUGAGAAUAUAAUCAACUUAAUCUUAAAGUUAACCAUCAACGAUUACUCCAAACUAUACUCACUCGCCAACAUACUACAACUCAGUCGUUAUCACGAGUUGAUAGAGAAUGAGAGUGUGUUGGGGUUGAUAAAGAGUAAUUUGGACAAGGAAAUCUUACCAAAUGCGCAAUACAAGGCGAUUUUCUGCCUGUGGCUCGUCUCAAGAACUAAUAAAUACAUCGAAUUCUUCUACCAACAGAAACUCAUACACCUCCUCUGCAAUAUUCUCUCCACAACCAAAAUCGAAAAAAUAAUAAGGAUAAGUUUGUUGUUGUUUAAGAAUUUGUUGAAUAAUAUAAACUGUUUGCAAGUGAUUGUCGAGUAUAACAUUAUCAACGCGUUAACACUACUACUGUAUGAUAAGUGGAACGAUAGCGAACUCUACGAUAACCUCCAAAAACUACACAUCCAACUCGAAAACAAAUUAAUCAAGUUUAGUAAUUAUGAGCGCUAUUGUAACGAGUUGAACAGUGGAAUACUCAAAUGGUCAAUUCUACACUCAGAGAAAUUUUGGAUGUUGCAUAAUGAGAAGUUUGAGCAGGACGAGUUUGUGAACAUUUCCAAACUCAUCAACCUCCUCUACACCUCUGACGAUCCCACCACUAUCUCUAUCGCACUCUAUGAUCUUGGGGAGUUUUUUAGGUUGUAUAGGAACAGUAGGAACAUAAGUAAGAAAUUCAAGGUGAAGGAUAAGAUAUUAGAGUUAAUAACUCAUAAAAACAGAGACAUCUCACGACAAGCCAUGCUAUGCAUACAAAAACUCAUGGUACAAAAUUGGCAACAAGUCAAUCCCAAUCCAUAA